AACCCCCUGGAAAUCGUCAAGAUCAGAUUGCAGGUCCAGGGUGAAGUUGCUAAGAGUGUCGAGGGCGCUCCCAAGCGCUCUGCCAUGUCCGUCCGUAACUUGGGCCUGGUCGGCCUGUACAAGGGCGCCUCUGCUUGCUUGCUCCGCGACGUUCCGUUCUCGGCAAUUUACUUCCCGACCUACUCGCACUUGAAGAAGGAUCUCUUUGGCGAGUCACAGACCAAGAAGGCGAGCGUUCUCCAGCUCUUCACCGCCGGCGCCAUUGUCGGUAAACUCUUGACUAAUCGCUGA